UGGCUCUAUGACCCGGCAGGGCCUGCUAAACGGGACAGUGCCUGUGGGCCGGCGGCCGCAGCCGAGGGGCUUUGGGGAGGGUCCUUGGGGCUGCUCGAGGAGGCACCGUCCGUGCAGAUCUUCACUGGGAGGCUCGAAGCGGGACCUGUCGCGCUCGUUACCGUCGCAGAGGCCUGGCGGCCUGGGCCCGCUGACGGUGCAGAAGAUCUGAAUCCAGAAUACUUCCGAUGAAUUAGGAGAGAAUCUCUGAAAUCAGUAAGAUUAAAGCAAUUCAGAAAGCUUUUUUGUGAAGAAAUGGCAUCCAGCAUUGGAAAUGAAAAGAGUGUGAAUCCUGUGCUCAGAAUAAGUCAGCUUGAUGCUCUCGAACUAAACAAAGCCCUGGAACAACUAGUGUGGUCCCAGUUUACCAGCUGUUUUCAUGGAUUUAAACCAGGGGUGUUGGCUCAUUUUGAACCAGAAGUAAAAGCAUUUUUAUGGCUUGUAUUGUGGAGAUUCACCAUCUACUCCAAGAACGCAACUGUGGGACAGGCUAUUCUGAAUAUUCAAUACAAGAAUAACUUAUCUCAGACAGAGAAAUACCAACCACUGAGCAAAAACCAGAAGUUAUGGUAUCUUAUUUUAACUGUUGGUGGAAGAUGGUUGGAAGAAAGAUGUUAUGAUUUAUUUAGCAAUCGUCAAAUACAAUCUUUCUGCAAAAUUAAGAGUUGUAUUAACUUUGGAGCUGGACUGCUUAAACUUUGUGGACUUCUAAAUUUUCUGAUUUUUCUUCAGAAAGGAACAUUUGCAACACUCACAGAACGCAUUCUAGGAAUUAGGUCAGUUUUUUGCAAGCCCCAAACUGUUCGUCACAUAGGAUUUGAAUACAUGAACAGGGAGCUGUUAUGGCAUGGCUUUGCUGAAUUUCUGAUCUAUCUGCUGCCACUUAUUAAUGUACAGAAACUGAAACUUAAAAUUUUUUCUUGUUGUUCACAUAUUGCAGGUAUUUCCAAUAGUAAAAACACAUUAACAGCUCACUGCAAAGAAUGUUCGCUAUGUGGGGAAUGGCCUACCAUGCCUCAUACCAUAGGCUGUUCACAUGUUUUUUGUUACUACUGUAUUAAAAGCAACUAUUUAUUUGAUAUGUAUUUUACAUGCCCUAAAUGUGGCUCAGAGGUACAGAGUCUUCAGCCACUGAAAUAUAAAGUUGAAAUGACAGAAUUGCAUGCCUGACAUGAGAUUGAUUUGGUUUUAUACUGUACAUUAAAUAUUAUGUUGAAGAGAUUACUGGAAAAAUUCAGAAAGUAUUGUAAACAGACAGCUUUAAGAUGGUUUUUGAGUGUCUGUAAUUUGUUGUAACAUGUCUUUACUGGUCUUAGCAGUUUACUGAGUAACAGUGCCAACUUGCCUCUUUGAAGGAAAGAAAAGUAGUUUACCAGCUCUUCUACUCUCUCAGACUACUUGUUCCCAGUUUGGUACCCCUAUGUUGCAGAGUCAUUCUUCCUUAGAUCUAGAAUCUGUUAGCCUGCAACAUGCUAACUUCAAGCUGUAUACUUCCCUCAAAGAUACAGAAGAUGCCCAGUAAGCUUUUACCAAUUUUAUGGAUUUUCUCAAGCUUGUUGUAAAAGCUUCAGCUAUUACCAACUUAGCCAGUAGAUGGAUUUAGUGGGAAAGUCAUCUUGUCAUGCCUAAAGAAUAAUUUUAAAUUCAAAUGUUUUCAAUUUUAAUUCCAGUGUGAGGUUCCACUGCAAAAAGGAAAAGUGUGAGAUGAAUUGUCAUCUCAGCAGAUUCUUAAGAGUUUUCAUCGUAUUAAACCAACAUAACAGGAUGUACUCAGAAUUGCUUUUUUAUAAAUAGACCAAAAGACCAUAAGCUUUAAGUGAUCCCUCUGGUAGGCAGAUAGAUACUCCAUAGUGAACGUGUGCCUACAGGAGUUAUACCACUUCCUGUGCGAAUACAGUGCACCUUCUAGACCUCCAUGAGAUGACUGAACUAAUUUUCUUGCUCAGCUGUGAUCUUCAGUGACGUAUAUAUGACCACUUUCCUCUUCUUCCCUAUAAAUUGGAGACGUGCAGUCCAUCAUUCAUUGGAAUGUGGCAGCUGCCCAAAGUAAUCCACAGUCUUCUGAGUCAGAGACACUGGAGAAAACUGACAGGAUGCUAUCUUUGGGACUUGCCACUCUUCUCUUUUUUUUUUUGUGUGUGUGGUCAAGGUGGGUGCCAGACCCCGGUAAUAGCUCACUGCCAUGCCAAAAAAAUACCAACGCAGUUAUGUGCAUGUAGACAUGUUAAAAAAAAAAAAAAAAAAAAAAAGGUAACUCUUCCUGGUUUUUACUGUUACUGUUUGUUUUUUGUGUUGGCUUUGCAAUGUUAUUAUCCCCUCUUUGAACACUUUAUCCAUUUACUCUUUGACCUGGUUCUGUGUGAGUUAUUUUUUUAAAAACUGCAGUCGUUUUUUAACAGGAAGUCUUACCUGGAAGUGUGUCAUUAACACAAAAAUAUAUUGCAUCCUUUUUUGGCUCUUUAUCUGUGUAAGCUUUUUGGAAUUUGAGUAAAUCACAUUAUGCUAGCUGUGUUCUUGAUUGGCUAUCAUCAAUAGUCAGUCCCAAAAAUAGUAUGGUAACAACUGAUCCAAUCUUUGAUCUACUUUUAUGAAAUGGUUUAUUGUAUUCUUCAGUGUCUGAUUAAAACAACCCACCAGCCUAUUUUGUUUGAAGAUCUUAAAUUCUAGGUUUUGAUCUUUAGAGUGACACACAGUGCUUUCAUCUGAUGCAAUUAAGUAUAGUUAGCGGGUUUGUAAGUAUCUUUGGGCAGCCAGAAACUUCAUUAAUGCUACUACUGUUCUGUGAGUUGAGACUUCAGAGCAACUGCUUCCAGAUACUGUGCCACAAUAUAUUAUUUGCCAUCAAAUGUGUGUAUCAACAGCCUGCCAGGUUUAUUAUUCACAGUUGCAAUUUGAACCAGCAUGUACAAAGCUGUCUUUAUUAGAAAUAUCAAAACUGGCAGGUCUGUUGGAGAAUAUCCUGGAGUCACUUGCUGGUCCUGAAGUGAUUCUGUGUGAAUUGUCCCUCCACAUUAUUUAAUAGCUCUUCCCAAAGAAAUGUAUUUGCAGCCCUUUCUUUGAGGUGGUCUAAUGUCUCCAGAAAGAACCAUCAGCAUUUCUGCUACCUCUUCCUUUAACUAUCCUUAUUAAUUACAAUUUGUACACAUCCAAAAUCCAGUGUUCAUAGUUUAUAAUCAGAACUUUGUUUCUUGUGGACUCUUCAUUCCUUCUGAAGUCACAGAUCAAAUAUUGUGUUAAAAGAGCAUGGAUUUUCUAUAUUGGACUCUGUUAGGUGUCAUGUUCUUCUAAUGUAGGAGUUAACUUCUUUCCUAAUUAGAACUGUUUCUUUUUCCUGAAUAUUUAAAGAAUGAUGUCUUCCCUUUUCAUUCCACCUCUCUCUGUCCUGCUGUUUGAUUUGCCUAAGCUGUAUGAAUUUGCUGAGGUUUGUUUUGUCUCUUGCAGCUUCAUGCAGGUGAAAAACUAGUAAAAUGUAUACUCUGUUUUUCAUCCCUGUUAUAGUAUCAGUACAAAACCUGUUUCCAGAAGUUUUGUACCUCUGUUGUACAGCUGUUUUCUGCUGGCCAUGCUAAGUUGCACUUGACUUCCUGUUUUUCUUCUGGAAUUGAAAUUUUGAUGCUUAACUUAUGAUGUCUUAUUAUACCAAAGUGUUGGCCUACUACUGUAUUACCUCAUCAUCAGUGUGUUAGGUUUGUAGCCCAUAGCAUUGACUAACUUUGUAGUCUAUGUCUUACAACAUAAAUAGUUUGCAUUACCCUAAUAUCCUAGAUCCUAAGGUGUGGCUUUAGUUUUUUUUAUUUCCUGUGCAAGUAAGCAGGUACCAUGCAUCUCACAGAGUUUGGGAAAAGAGUGGUUCCUUUUGUCAGAGAUAUUUUUAUUUAUUUAUUCAUUUAUCUGACAUGUGGUGAAACUUUUGCUCAGUUGUGGUCACAACUCACAUUGAGACCAAGUAUAUUGAAAAACUCCUUGCUACCCAGGUUAGCUUUUUAGCACUUCAAAGUCAAUGCUCAGCAGCUUCCUUAUAGCACUGUAAAAGUAAAUAUAUACCUUUUUAUAUUGUAAUUCUGUUCUGUUGUGUCUUGAUAUAAAAUGCAGAAAAGUAAUAUGUGAUUAUAUUAAAAAUUAGAUAAUAAACUAAUCAAAUGAUGAUUUACAUGUUAACUGCAUGUUAAUUUAUAAGCACUAUAUUUUCGGGUUAAAACUCCACUGUAACAAAGGACUAAGUAGUGAUGCUUCCUGCAGUAGGGGGAAUAAAAUUUAUUUUGGAAUGUUAA